AUGUUGGACCCUUCUCCACAACAACAACAACGUGAACAACUGAGCGCUCAGUUCGUUUAUGAUUUCAAGGCUGUUAAGCCUAAACAAAUUAGUGCAAAACGUGGUGAAAAGGUGAAGAUUGUUAAUGUAAGAGAUGGGAACGCAACGGUCACGAAAGAAAAUGGCGUUAAUGGAGAGGUACCAACGUAUUUUUUAGAACUAGAUCAUGUGCCUGGCGAAACGUUUGCAGAGCAGAUCGACUAUCGACGGAAUUGGUACGAAACAGUAGACGGCAGAAAUUCAGCGGAUUCAACUUCGACGUUGAUGUGUACUAUCGAUAACUCAAUUGAUCUGAUGCCAUUGCUAUCUGUCAAUACAGAUUCAUCAUCAUACUCCUCCUCACUGAAAAAACUUCAUCCUCAAUCAGCACCCGUAUGUAUCGAAGAAUUAUGUGAUGUUACCAUAAAAGUCAAUUCUACUUUGACAUUAUCAUGUGCAUUCCAUUCCAAUCAUCCAUAUACACUCAUCUGGAGAGGACCAGCCAUUUCGCGCAAAGCGGAUUUUAAAAUUAAGAUCGAAGAAAAUGGUGAAUCAAUACUGACAGUACCCAAAUGUACGUCAUCGGAUGGUGGUCAGUACUGGGUGCAAGCAACGAAUGAUUACGGUACUAGUCAUACUGUAGCUUGGAUUACUGUAGUUGACGUACCACAUGUUCCUAUAUCGAUCAGAUAUACGACAGUUGAAGAAAGUGGUGGUGUUGAAUUGAAAUGGCAGCAACCGAUUAAGGGAAAUACCAAGUACGUGUGGUAUAUCGUCGAGUAUAAAUGCGAUGAAGAUUCGUCAUCAUCAUGCUCUGCGUUUUGCGAAGCAUCAUCAAACGACUACGAUAUAGCAGCUGAUGGUUUAAUGCAUUGUUCAGUGUUGAUCUCAGAUUUGAAGCCAAAGCAGUAUUCAUUCCGUGUAAGAGCCUUCAAUGAGCUCUUCAAAGGACAACCAUCACAUUCACUAAAUUUCAAGCCAUCAAUUGAGAUGAUUCGAUAUGCGGCACGUAACGCUUUUCUUAAAGAAUACAACACCAAAGUGGAAUAUUUAGAUGAGAAAUUCUUUGAAUAUUAUACGGUGGGCGAUGUAAUUGGCCGAGGUCGAUUUUCGUUGGUUAAGAAAGCAGUCUGUAAUACAAGCAAUCGCCGUUUUGCGGCCAAAUUCCUCACAAGACAUCCAGUUAGCGGGGUUGAUUUAGAUGAGGAUCAUAUCAGUAAAGAAAUUCAAACGCUUAAUGCACUUCGACAUUCCAAUAUUGUUUCAUUACAUGCCGCUGUUAAAACAACGCAUGAUUUCGUUAUCGUCAUGAAAUGGAUCAACGGGCCUUCGAUAUUGAAAUACAUCGCAAAAUUAGGUUAUUUCAAUGAGGAAUUUGUACGUAAUCUUAUUAGAGAUGCGUUUGCAGCACUCGAUUACAUGCAUUCGUUUAGUAUGGCACAUUAUGAUUUGAAGCCAGAGGAUCUGUUGGUUCAUCUGAGCAAACAUAGUGCACGUUUGGUGUUAAUCGAUUUCGGAUAUUCACAGUAUUGUUGUCAAUCUUCAGCAAUACCACUCAGUUAUCAGAUGAAUGAGUUCUCGUCACCAGAACAGUACUUACACAGAUCACCAACAACAAAAUCAGAUAUUUGGUCAAUUGGUGUUAUUUUGUUCGUUUUGUUAUGUGGCGAAUUACCGUUUGAUAGCAGUAAUAAUGAACUGAUGCGACUGAGUAUUAUAUCGGCGAAUUUGCGAAUCGAUAGCGCUAAACGAUUUCAUCUCUUUAGUGAUUCAUUGAAAUCAUUUGUGAAGUCGAUUCUUGUUUUAAAUAUUCAUGAGCGUCCAACUGCUUCUGAUUGUUUGAAAAGCGAAUGGAUAACACAAAAAGUGAGUUGCGAAGAGAUUCAGUUGGACGAUAGGUGA